GAGCGAUCGAGCAAGCAGCCUAGUCGACUGCGCGUGUGUUGCGAUUCUCAACUUCUUUUCUCUUUCCCCUCAGGUUUUUUUGUUUUUAUUAAACCCCACCAUCCCUCCCUCCCUCCCCUCUUGUUUCAUCAUCCACCAAACAACCCACAAAUCUCCUCUGUUCUUUCUCUUCCUCUGUUUUUCUCUUCCUCAAAUUCUUUGAAAUCUUCGAGGCAAGAAAAAAUGACCAACCGAAAUGUGCUUGUUUCUGAUGCCAAAGGCGUGGCUAUUAAAGUCACGGUUGCUAAAAAGGCUAUGUUUUCACAGUCGGUUCCGAAACCGAUGACUGAGGGAGGAGGAGGAGGGUGCUUCACCAUUCCCAUGAACAUCAAGGUUUUGAAAGUUGACACAGAAGGCGGAGCAGCCAGAGUCAAUGCUUGGGUUGACUCCUUGAGAGCAUCUUCUCCAACUCGUGUCAAAUCAGCCACUCCUCAGUCUCUUUCUGAAACCGUGGAUUAUAACUCUUGGACUAUUCAUCAUCCAUCAGCUAUGAGCAUGUUCGAGCAGAUAACCAAUGCUUCAAAGGGCAAGCAGAUUGUAAUGUUUCUUGACUAUGAUGGCACCCUCUCCCCCAUUGUAGAAGACCCAGAUCAUGCUUUCAUGUCCAAAGAGAUGAGAAAAGCAGUGAGGGCCGCUGCAAGAUACUUUCCCACAGCAAUAGUUAGCGGGAGGUGCAGAGACAAGGUUUAUAGCUUUGUAAAAUUAGGAGAGCUUUAUUAUGCAGGCAGCCAUGGGAUGGACAUCAGGGGACCAUCCAAAAGUAGCAAAUAUAAGAAUGAUAAUCAAGCGGUUCUCUUCCAACCAGCCAGUGAGUUUGUACCAAUGAUUGAUGAGGUGUACAAAACUUUAUUGGAGAAAACUAGAUCCAUCUCAGGAGCUAGGGUGGAAAAUAAUAAAUUUUGCUUAUCUGUACAUUUCCGUUGUGUUGAUGAGAAGAGUUGGGCAGCUUUAGCAGAGCAAGUUAGACUUGUUCUCAAUGAGUACCCAAAGCUCAGAUUGACUCAAGGGAGGAAGGUAUUAGAGAUCAGGCCAACAAUCAAAUGGGACAAAGGCAAAGCUCUUGAAUUCUUGCUAGAGUCAUUAGGAUAUGCGAACUCAAAUGAAGUAUUCCCAGUGUAUAUUGGAGAUGAUCGAACAGACGAGGAUGCCUUCAAGGUGCUACGCGACAGAGGACAAGGAUUUGGUAUUCUAGUUUCUAAAGUUCCAAAAGAAACAAAUGCUUCUUAUACCUUACAAGAACCAGCAGAGGUUAAGGACUUUUUGUUGCGUUUGGUGAAAUGGAAGAGAUUGUCGAACCAACAAGGGAACUAGGUCGAUCGACUGGUAGACGACGGGGAGCGCGCUUAAUUGAUUAAAACCCACCCUAAAAUUUUGUCAAGGGUGGAUUGAAUUAUGUAGUUUAAUUUAUUGUUAAGUGAUUAUAAAUUAUUGAACUGAAUCCCAUAAUUAAUUUGGAAAUUGUAUAUAUAAUGGUCUCUCUCAAGAUC